UUAUAAAAAAAAUUAAAAGUUUUUUAAAUACCGUAUCAAUAUUAAUUUUCCCUAAUCUAAAAAUUAACAUGGUAAGUAGAUCAAAUAUAACAAUUUAAAGGAUAAUGGACGAUUCCACAUCUAAAAGAAGUAAUGUCGAAGUCGAUAAAUUGUUUGAUCUUUAUUUAAAAAUUGAAAGUCUCGCAUUUCCUUUAACCCAAAAGAAACCGAAAAAAUCAGUCAUUAAAUACGCGCGACUACCAGACGCCGCCAAAAGUACUAACGCAUCAUGUUCUCCUCCACAAUACACAUCGCAUCCAAGGUUUCGCCGUAUUAUUACAAUUGAAGAACCAAGGGUUGAUACACGGAGAUCUUUAAGAUCAGAAGUUGCAGUGGUGCCGAGGACGAUGACAUCUGACAUGUGUAAACGAAAAAUAAUCACUAUAAAAGAAGAUGAUGACAAUAGCCUUCACCCAAAAUUUUCUCAAGAAAUAAGAAAAUCUUUUAAAAAUUAUAUACAUAGAGCAGUUGAAACUGAUAUUAUGGAAGAGAAGCAAUUGUCUCAGAGAAAAGUAUCAAGAUUAACUCCUAGUGCUAAAAAUCCUAAAGAUAAUAAGUCUACAAUUAAAAACAAUAUAGUCAUUAAUAAAAAAGGAACAGUGGACUCUAAACUGGGGAACAAAUAUAAAUACUCAAAAGGAGAUAGUGAAAUCCAAGAUUAUGUUAAGAAUAAAUGUUUUGAACCGGCACGAAGUAACAAAAAUGCCAUUUUAUCACCUAAAUUAAGUUUAAGUAAAAAGAUGGUAACCUCACACGAAAACGAAAAAGAAGUAUCUAUUAUGAAGAACAAAUAUAAAGAUGAUAAUGUACACAAAGUACCACCCAAAAAAACGGUUUCUGACAGAACUAGAUCAAGUCGAUCCUCAACUAAAUUAUAUCACAAUCGUAUUACACUUUUAAACGAUAAAAAAGGAAAAAGUAAACCGGUAACAAUAAUUCAAGUGCCACUCGACGAAAAUAUAGUGAGACUAGAUGUAGCCACUGAAAUUUCUCAAGAGUCAAUAAAUAACACUGAAAAAACAUUAAACAAUAUACAUUCUUCUAUCCAAGCACUAAAUAAUACUACAUAUAAAGACAUUAGCGUCGGAACUGAUAUAGUAACAAACAAGAUAGACCGAGUUACCGAAACGUAUGAAGACUUUGUGAACCACUGUUUUAAAGAAAAUAAAACAUUUGAUAGUCUUGACAUACCAAAUGUUAGUUUAACUUAUACUAAAACCGAUAUACCCAAAGAAGACAAUAAGAAAAUAUAUGAUAUGAUUAACACAAAUGCGUCUGAGGUAUCCUUUAUUGAUACGAAUUCGCAUAAAAGCGAACAAGAAAUUAAUGAUUCUUGCUUUCACAAAAGUACCUCUUAUAUAAUUAGUAGAGCAACAUUAACAUGUACAACAAGGCAGAAAAUAGAUUUUCAUGUUGUUGGGAAUAAUGCAGUAUUACAAUCACAUCUAUCCUGUAGUCCUUUUCCUCUGAAUGUCGUUUCGGUAUACAAGAAUGAAAUAAAAAAUAAGGAUCAUAGUGAUAAUUGUGAGGAACUUGGUCACAGCUGGGCGGAGAACAAAUCACACGAUGACGUAGAAUAUUCAAACGAUAUGACCUCAAUUAAUAGUUCAUACAUCUUUGACAACGAUAAAUUAGUGAAACCGUCCGACAUAAUUAGCACAAUAAAAGUUAGUGACAGCUUAUUACGAAGUGACUUUAUAUGUGAGCAGUUCCAACGGGAGCUCAAUUUCAUCGAUUCAUUUUUUGAGUCCUUACAGUAUUUAGAGAGUUGUUCGCUUUCCGAUAAAUGCAUUACCGACAAGGAAGUCGAAAAUUGGAUAAACACUAGCCAUGAAUUAAAAAACUUCGAGUAUGGAUCAUUUCUAACAGAGUUUGAAAAUGACGUCGACGAUACCGAAACAAUGGCAUCAAGGAGUCUUUGUUUGCUCAAUUUACUCAUUCGUGAUGAGCAAAGGCGAGCCAAAAAUCUCUUAUCUGUUUUAAAGAAGCGAGAGGAUGCUUUGAAAGACUUUACAAAAUCUCAAAUUAUAUGGCUGGAAAAUAAAAAGAAGCAAGAUAAUAUAGAUAUAUCGACAUUAAAGAAGAAGCAACGUGGUGCCUUACUAAAGUUGCAACAUGAGUGUGGUGAAAUGCAACGGAUGCGCAAAGCUCUGCUGACAUUAUCAGAGAAACGAAAAUUGGCACUUAUGAAGACUAAAAAGAAUAUCAAACUCAAAUUGAGGAACACUGUCGAGGUAGAACAAAUUAUAUUGGGUAAGAAGAAAGUAAAACGAAGCAUCUCAGCCGAUCGUAACUUGGCUCCAUUGAAAUGUUUCGAACUGUCUAGCAGCGGAUGUGACGACAGCACAACAUCUCGAACGAAGUCAUACACACCAGUGCUGUUAUCGAACAUGGCAACAAACACCACGAGCGUUGAAAAAUGCGUCCAAACAGGAGAAGUAAUACCAACACUGCUUCAAGUCGACCAGUCGAUUGAUGCGGCAGAUGAUAAUUUUGUCAUAGUCGACGGUGGCUAUCUUAACAUUCUCUUUCGUGAUUUCCUUCCACAAAUCUUCAGUAGUGGAAAACAGUACGAAGUAAAUAAGGAAGCGUUAAAUAAUAUGGUACACACUAACAACAUACCUCAUUUGAAUUUAAGCGACGAUAGCGUAAUUGGACAUCUUAUCGAGCAAAUUAAAAAUCAUGAUUUAGACAGGCCGUAUACACCGUCAACGGCUCGGAGCCUUGUAGAAGAAUUCGAUCAGAUAUACAAAGAUCUCGCAGAGGACGAUAAAUCAAUAGAGAAUUGCUUGGAUUGCAAUUUUAUUAACGCGAUUGAAGGGAACAAAGAUGCGGUCGUUGAAAUUAAUGUAUCGAAAACGGAGGAAAGCGAAUCUGACGAAAAAACGUACAACGACCAAAGUGGUGAAGUCGUAGUAGAGGUAUCGAGUAAAAUUUCAUUGGUGGACGAGUCGUGCACAUGUGAGCCGAUUAUGGUCUCUGUUGGGACACAAUCACCAAAGGAACGAGAAGAGGUGAAUGUGAGUGUCUCAGGUCCCUUGCCCGUACCCGCUGGAGCCGCGGAUGUCAGCGAAGAUGUUGCCCCAGAAGUGGCGAAUUGGGUAUCACAGAAGUCAUCGAUUACGGCUACUGUUGAUAAUGGUGAGAGCAGUUCCAGCAGCCAGUCUUUGAGCACGAGUAUCUCUUCUCUCAAUUCUCCCGUCCUGUAUGAAGCCGAAGAAUUGCGUCGUCAACAGUUGGCCAUUGAAAGAGAGAUAAAAGCGUUAGAACAACAACAAUGCCAGCUACUUGCGGUCCGCGAGAUACCUGACAAACCUCCUCCGCCAUACACGCCCCCUAUCGAACCUCGAGCACCGAAACAUCCACGAAAGUUUGUUUUUGAUGAAGAAACCGAACAAAAAGUAAACGAGCUGGUUACAAAAUCUGAAAGCGCAACGAUCGGUCCGGAUCCCUAUGAAAUAUUCUUAAGAGACUAUUGUCGAGAGUCGGUACAACAACAGAAACUGCAAAAGAGUGAAAAAUAUUGGGACACAAAUAACUUUAUGUCGGUAAAACCGCAGCCUGAUCCAGAAAAAUUAGCUCAAAAGACGGCUCAAGAUCUCAAAGAAGUGUUGUCAAGUGUGGCCCCGACUGUUGUAUCAGGCGUAGGGGCAAGGCGUUCGGAUCAUAUCGAUGAUAUAUUAUUCGCGGAGUGGCGGCGGUGUGAACCCGAGUGGACCUCUCUACACAACGAUGAAGUGAUCGUCAAGAACCAGGUGUUUGAAAGCAUCUUUCAGAGAAUUCUUACAGAAACCAUCGAUGAAUACAAGAAAAACAUAAUUAUAGCCAACACACCUUCCAAAUAAGA